AUGUUUUGCUCAUUACUUAUCACUUCAGCAUUUGCAAUUCACAACAGAACAGAGAAUAUAACACUUAAAGACGAUCAAACUCUUGUUUACAGUCACUUAAAAAAUGGAUCAUACCUCAUGCCACUUUAUGUUAAGGAUAUUUGGCCCGAAUGUGAAAACGAUACAAGUAUUACAUUUUGCUGGUACUAUUUAACUAGAGGAAAUGCAUGGGAUUUUGGUUAUGCCAAAUUGCCAAACGGAGUACAACACCCUCAGAAAGGUCAGUAUUGCACAGAUUUUGAUGUUCUUUAUAGAGGUGCUUGGACAACAUUUGCUAAGACAGGAUGGUGGCCAAUUUGGAGUAUAGAUGAUAGUAUUUAUUAUCGUAUCCAUGGAUCAGAAAAUGGUACUAAUACGCUGAGAAAUGUCACAAUCAGAACAAAAAUCACACAACCUGCAGGCCCCAAUUACUUGUUAAUAGAAUUUAUUGCACAUAAUCAUGAUUCUCAACCACAUAUUGUUAAUGUAUUAUCUUACACAGAUGUUAUGAUUGGCAAUAAGGAUUCUGCACCCAUUAAAUGGUAUCCACCAAAUACCCAUAAUGGAUUUUCAAUGGAAAAUGAAGAAGCCAACAGAACGUUGGUAUUAAUCGGCAAAAACGGUUUCGGUGUGAACCCUGUAGAUUAUUUAUGGUUUGGUCUAUAUUCGGAGGGUCAAACAUAUAAGUUUAAUAAGACAGACGAGAGCCCAACACCUAUAGGCCGCGAUACUGCAUUUUCAUUAGGAUGGACUAAUAGAAGAAUUUAUCCAGGCCAGAAUCUAUCAUUCGGCGUUCUCUUAGGUAUUGGUGAAUUUAAUCAGUUGAAGUUCCCACCAACCAUCACAGUUGAUGAAUCUAAGUUCAAGAUUAACUAUGCUCCAGGAGAAAAAAUCAAAAUACCAAUCAGAGUUCAAGAUAAAUUGACUGGUAGUUAUGGAUUACGAGUGACUUGCGAGUUCCCCAAUAAUGAAAGCAAAACACAUAAUAUCAGUAAAACCGAAGGCACCGUUAAUGAACCUGUUGAAUUUGAAUAUGACCUUGGCCAGAAUAUCAGUAGAUAUCCAGUAAAGUGCUAUGCAGAAAACUACGAUAUUACUAAAACGGAUCAUCCAGGACCAAAGUCAAAUGAUUUCAACAGAGUUUUCUUAGUUAAUGAAGCUCCAAGACUUACAUUAACUAGCCAAAUCAAUGACCAAUAUGGAAGAGGUGGGUAUGUUAACAUCGAUGGUAUAGUUUGGGAUGACACACGGGUUACAAUGACUUACCAAGUUGAUGAUAAUUUUUACUACAGAGCAGAUGGUGAUAUCACUUGCGACAAACAAGAGAAACUAUUCUCAAAACAAAUUCAAAUUUCACCUUCUUAUUCAUAUGGUAAGCAUACACUUCAAAUAUGGGCUGAAGAUGAAUUCGGUGUUAAGUCACCUAUUGUUAAGAAAGAAUUCUCCGUCGUUCAGAACCAUCCACCAGAAGUUAACAUCACUGAAGUCGAUGAUAACAAAUCAGGCAACUAUUAUAAUUCACCAAUCACAUUCAAGCUUCAAGUCAGAGAUGUUGAUGUCGAUGAUGUAAUUCUUUUAAUGGUCAAGACACCAGGCACAAAUCAAUUUGCCCAAAUUAUGACAACACCAGCGAAACAACAAGAAUGGAUUAAUUUCACAUACACAUAUGAUGUUGAAGCAUUGCAUGAGGAAGGCAAUUACGCCAUCAUAUUCCAGGCAACAGAUAGAAUUGGUUCCCCAUCAAGGAAUAAAGAAUAUACAUUCAUUUUCAAGAAACACCCUGUUCCAACACCAGCACAACCACGAUCUGAAAAGACAGACAACAGUGGAAAUAUUGAGCAAUGCGCAAUGGUAACAGACGCGAACGGUGAUAGUUUCUUAAACUGCACAAUGACACAUGUAAUAAUUGACGUUAAUCAGAAAACACCAUCUGCAUCAAAUGAUGAUGGUGAUGCUUUCAGUAAUCAAGGUGAUGCAAAUAAGAGCAAUUCUAAGAAGAAGGACAAAUAUUUGAUCAUUGGUAUUGCAGCAGCUGCUGUUGUUGCAGCUGCUGCAAUAAUUGCUGCCAUCCUUAUCGCCAAAGAGGCAUCUAAGAAAGCUAAUGAUUUCGGCUUCAAUCCAGAGACAGAAGAAGCACUCCAAGCAAACAAUGACUUCGUCCAAGAAAAGGAGAAUCCAGUUUAUAAUGAAAACGCUCAGGACGAUCCAUUUGCAAAUGAAUUCGAAGAUGUCGAUUAG